GUAUGGGACAUGUCAGACCCCAUGGGCAAGGGGUACCUAGAAAAAAGUGGCUUCUUUGUUGCCUUAAAGCUGAUAUCCUUGGCACAGACUAAACAAGAGAUGAAUGUGGCUAACCUGAGUGCAGAGACCACAGCUCCAGACCUUGGUCCAGUGGAAGUGAUGGAUAUAUCGACCCAGCCAGCCUUUGUAGCUAACAUUCCAUGGGACAUUACACUGUCCGAGAAAUCCAAGUAUGACAAAGUCUUUGAUAGCCUUCAGCCGGUGAACAACAUGCUGGGCGGAGAUAAAGUCAAGCCUGUACUUAUGAACUCAAAACUGCCCGUGGACAUCCUUGGUCGAAUCUGGGAUAUGAGUGAUAUAGAUAAAGAUGGCUACUUGGACAGGGAUGAAUUUGCUGUGGCAAUGCAUUUGGUUUACCAGGCUCGUGAAGGCAUGGAGACCCCAAAUGUUCUGCGUCCAGGUCUGGUACCUCCUUCAAAACGCAAGGGGCUGGGAGUUGUAGCUGCUAGCAUACCUGGUGCAGUCCCUGUUUUACCGGUGCCUGGCGCCACACCAGGAGCUAACUGGGGCAGGUCCACACCCACUCAGAGUAUGAAUGGGUCUCAAGUACCUUGGGUUGUAACAGCUGCAGAGAAAGCCAAUUACGAUGUGAUAUUCAAUCAGCUGGACACAGAUCAUGAUGGGCUGGUCAGUGGUGGAGAUAUCCGGGAUAUCAUGACCCAGAGUGGCCUUCGUACAAAUGUGCUGGCCCACAUUUGGGGACUUUGUGACAGCCAGUCCGUGGGCAAGCUUACAGCCGAACAGUUUGCCCUAGCCAUGUUUCUAAUUCAGCAGAAGCUGAAAGGUGUUGAACCUCCAGUACAGCUGACACCAGAAAUGAUUCCUCCAUCUUUAAGAUCAGUAGCAGAUCCAGCAGCUUUUGGAGUUCGGAAUGGCACGAACGCUGGUCCUUACAGUCAUGUGGCAGAUUUCUCAGCUGUUAAAGAGUUAGACCAUAUCAGUAAGGAAAUAGAUGAUAUUAAAAAAGAGAAACUGCACUUAGAAAGAGACAAGUCUCAGCAGGAGGCUGACAUCAAGAUCAGGCAAAGUGAAGUCCAGGUCUUGCAGAAGGAGCUUGACUCCUUGACUGCCACCUUGAAUCAGCUGGAGUCACAGAAGAAGGAAGCACAGAAACGGCUGGAUGAAUUGGAUGAUAAACGAUCUACUUUGGAAAGAAAUGUCAUCGAACUAAGAGGAGAGACAGACAAAGAACUUGCUGAGGUUAACAAAAUGAAAUCUCUGCUGAAUAAUAGACAACUAAUGAUAAAGGACCAGGAGACGGAACUGGAACGGUUGAAAUCACAGCUGUCUCAAUUAAGAGAAGAGGAAGCCAAACUGGCAGAGGUAGCAGAUUCCAGUAGACAGCAGUUAGAGCAGCUGGCAUCAUCACAGGGUGAAAUCAGCAGUGAGAUCUAUGUGGCAAAGGCACGUCUUCAGCAGCUGCAUUACCAGUAUGGAGAUGACUCUGGAUUUGCCAGUUUUCCAGAUUUCACUGAUGAUAGCUCCAAUGGCAAUGGUAACUUCAACCGGCUGCAGAUUUUCAGUAAUGUUCCCCCAGUAGAGGAAUUUCAAGUUGAUCCAUUUAAAGAUGAGGAUAUGUUUGGCAGUGGUGGAAUCCUGCCUGAUCCCCAGAGUGAUCCAUUUCAGAAUGAUGAUCCAUUCAAAGAAAUAGGUGAUCCAUUUAAAUCAAGCGAUCCAUUUGGUUCAGAAGAUCCAUUUAAAGAUGCUUUUGGUGAUACUUCAGCUAAUGUUAAGGCUGGGAGUGCAUUCAAUUUAAGCUCUGAUCCAUUUGUUGAUGUCUCCCAAGGAGACAAAGAUACGAAUGCGUUUGAUGCAUUUGGCGUGAGUUGGACAUCAGGCAGUUCUUUCGGCCAGUCUGAUAGUAAAUCCAGUUCCAGUAAUGAUCCAUUUGGCACAUCCCCAAUAUCAAAUCUUAGCCCUGCUCAGAAGAGGCCUCCUCCACCACGCCCUGCUCCAAUAAAAUCAAGAAGCCCUAUCUCAUUUGGAUCUGUUUCACCGAAUCCAUCAGUUCAGCCCUUGGGUGGAUUUGAGUCUGACCCGUUUGGAGGAGGUGACCCUUUCAACGGUGGGGGAAUUUUGAAAAGUAGUGAAAGAAACAGUUCCGCGGAUCCAUUUGCAAAUUUUGCAGACUUUAGUCCAGGGAAGUUUGUUGCUCCAGAUGAUGAGGAUUUCUUUGGUGGACCCAGUACUAUAAGCAUUAAAGAUUCCAGCCUAGCACAGUCUCAGCUGGGAAGGCAGAACAUUAAAAUAGGUGGCCACAAGUUAGGAUUUAACGACUCUGAAGCCUAG